CAGGGUAAAAUACAUUUCCUCUAGAGCUAACAACAGUCGCCUCGGCUCUGACUGAGAACCUUAACCCAUCUUAACAACGACACAGUGUGAUGAUAACUUCAUGACAUUGGGCCAGGUGACGAUUAGAAGACGCACGUUGACUUUAUGUCAGUGAGCGAGUUCGGCAGAUUAUUCCGAAGCUGGAUUUAUUACCCUCGCUACCUUGGAAGCUAACUCGCUAGCAUUAAGCAGCUCGGAUAAAUAACGUCGGCUGCGCUCACUCCCAGGUCGUACCUGAAGAAGAGUGUGUUCUUCUGAACGACACGCGCGGAACCAGACUGAGGGGAUGGUGCAGCCCCAGCCGGAUGGCCCGAUGCAGUGGGACAUGUCAGGAGAGGACAGUGGAGGCGCCCUCCGCGUUCCACCAGAGCUGGCUGCCAAUGAAGUGGUGACCAAGUUGCUGGGUGAUAACCAGCAGCUUAGAGAGACCCUGCGGCGAAGCAACCUGGCCUUGCGUCAGCGCUGUGAGGAGAUGGAGGGAUGGCAAAGAAGGACGAGAGAGGAAAGAGAGUUUCUCAGCUCUCGCUUCCAGGAGGCCAGGUCCCUGGUGGAGAGGCUAGCCCAGGAAAACCACUCCUUACAGAGUCUGGUGAAUGGACCAACCUCACCGUCAUCUCACUGCUCCAGCCAGACAGAAGACCUGCAGGGACGCCCGGCAAGGAACGGUCCACACGAGGGACCACAGGUUAGCAUGUCUCUAGACCAGCGUGAGAGAAAGAGAGUGAAAGAGAUGGAUCAACACACACAGACCACACCCCCUCGCAGCCUGGAUGUCUCCUUGAGUAGCUCCCUCCCCACUCCCCCCACCUCAUUUUCAGAGGCACUGGGGGAGGUAAUGGGAAGGGGAAAUGGCCAGCCUGUGGAAGGUCCAAAUGAGUUCCUGCAGCUUCUGAAGAGCCACAAGGAAAAGCUGGAGGAAGGCAUGAAAGACCUGAGGACGAAGAAUGAAGAGCUGGAGAGGGACAGAGAAGAGGGAGAGAAAGAGAGGGAGCGGAUGUGUCGCUGCAUUGACCAGCUACGCUCCAAACUGGCCCAGGCACAGGCAAACAGUGUUGCAGAGGAGGUUGUUCAACAUCGCUCUGAGGCUCAGCACUCCUCUGACAGCUCUAGUCUGGCUAAACUCACAGAGCAGCUUCAGGCCACACAGGGCAGGUAUCGGGAACUUGAGGAGAAGCUUGACUACCUGCAGAAGAGUUCAGCUCAGCGGGACAGAACUGAAGCUUUGCUGAAACAGAAGGAAAAGGACUGUUCCCAGCUAGCAAAGGACUGUGAGGCUCUGAAAGCUCAGGCAACUUCCCUAUUAGGAGAACUGAAAGAGAGACAGAGCUCUCUAGAGAAAAGCGAGAGAGAACGCAAAUUGUUGGAAGAAAAGCUGUCGAAUAAACUGAGGCACCUGCAGUCAACAGAGCGGGAGCUAGAGCAGCUGAGGAAGCAGAAUCAUGUGACCAAUGACAAGUUUCUGCUGCAGACCCAGAGCCUGGAGCAGGCCCUGAAGACAGAGAGACAUGUGGUCACAGAGGAGAAGAAAAAACUAACACAACUGCAGCAUGCCUACACGUGCCUCUUUAGAGACUAUGAUUCUAAACUGAAGAGUGAGGGAGGAGAUCUGUGCAGCCGACUAGAAGAGGCAGAGCGAGCGCUGGCCCUGAAGCAGGAUCUAAUCGAUAAACUGAAAGAAGAGGUGGAGCAACAGAAAGGCUCACUGGAGACAGUUCCUGUCCUCACUGCUCAGGCUGAGAUCUACAAGGCAGAUUUCCUAGCGGAGCGAGAAGCAAGAGAGAAGCUGAACCAGAAGAAAGAGGAGUUGCAGGACCAACUGACUCAGGCCAUAACUGAGAUUGACAGGCUCAAACAGGAAGCCACAUCACGCGCACGUAUGGAGCAAAUGAAGAUGAGGCACGUGGAAGACUUUCCACCAAGGGCGCCACACAUUCCUCCUCCACAAGGUCUGUUCCCUGGUCCAGCUUUUAACACGGUGCCCGCUGCCCCCUCAUUCCGUAAUCAGGGUUUGGUGCCAGUCGGGGAUCAAGGGGCAGCUGGAGCUGAGGAGCUGCCAGAUUUAUGUUGUCCCAAGUGCCAGUACCAGGCUCCAGAUAUGGACACACUGCAGAUACAUGUCAUGGACUGUAUACAGUAACAUGAGCAGAGUUCAGCACACCAUGACACCAACACACACACACAUUUGCAGAUAUAUAGUACAGUAUAUUUACAUUUUGGACGUUCAGCGUGUCUGCUGCCAGCUCUUGGCAUAGCCUGGGGAAAAAAUCUUACUGCACCUUACUCUCUCUGUCAUGCAAACACACACACAAAAAUGUACUAUACAAUUUUAAAUGUUUAAUAUGUUGGAAUCAAGUUGAAAUCAGAUGACAGUAUGAACAAGUGAAACAAAAAUAAUCAACUAGUAUUUUCGUAGAAACGUUCCACAGAUUCAGUUUCUGCUGUAGCUUUUCCAUUCUGCCACCCAUCCCUUUUCUCACCAUCCUUUUUCUCCCCUAGCACCUCUUCUGUUAUUUCUCACUCCGUCUUUCCUUUCCGUGCCUUGCCUGUGGGACACUGAUGCACAUGCCCAUCAGUGUUUCUUGCCUCAGUCCCAUUUCUAGUCUCUUUUCACUCCAGUGGCAUAGUGGUAACUGAGGAGUAAACUAUAUAGUGGGGACUAAGCAUGCACAUGUAGACUUUGAAUCUAUCAUCCAUGUUGGUUACAUGAAUAAUUAUCGGGCCUAAAGUGAUGAUAUUUCAUGAGAAAAAUCACAAUUCACAAGGGUAAUUAUCCCUACAAAGGAGAAAACACAUGAGAAUGUGAACAACUUGGUGAGCUUGAAAUCAUUCAUAUUUAAAUAUGGUUUAACAAUAAAUGUUGCUUGUCUACGUUACCUCAAAACAUGUACUAUAACGUAUUAGAGAUGGAUGUACUCCAUUGAAAAAGUAGCCAUUCUCUGUGUUCUGUGCCUGUGUAUAUCUUUGACAGCACUACUCCUUUACCAUGAGCUCCCUGUAGCCCUGAUUCUGUCUUCUCUUUACCUGUGACACCCAGCUAUUUAUCUUACUGAAUGUAAGCAGAUAGAAGUUCCUUCACUGUGUGUGUGUGUGUGUGUGUGUGUGUGUGAAUAUUGGCUGUAAUUAUCAAUCAUUCAGUGCAAAGAAUAUUGUUUUGAAACUGUUAAAGAUUUACCAAAUAAAUCAGUUAUUCAUUA